AUUUGAAUUUACUUGAACGAAGAUUUGUAACGACUCACCCAAACAUCUAACGAAUAUCUGUUGAUGAGUUCAAAUCAUUGUAGCUUUUUUUAAUGGUUUUAUAAGGAUAAUUGUUGUAUCUAGUAGGAAAUUUGUGUAAUAAUUGUGAAAAUAACUUUAGUGAAUUGUAUGUGUGUUAUAUCAAGAUGACGUCCGAAAAAGGAUGCAGGAAAGAAAAAAAUCAAAAUAUCCAAGUGUUCGUGAGGCUCAGGCCUCUGAACCAACGGGAGCGCGACAUCAAGUCUCUCGGUGUAGUGGAAGUGGUAAAUGGAAGGGAGGUGGUCGUGCGUCAAUCUCAGCAGAGUAUGCACACUAAGAGAUUUACCUUCGACCGUGCAUUCCCUCCCCUAUCAAAGCAGGUAGAGAUUUACCAAGAAGUAGUUAGUCCGUUGAUCGAGGAAGUUUUGGCUGGUUACAACUGCACUGUUUUUGCAUAUGGUCAGACUGGUACGGGCAAAACACAUACCAUGGUCGGUGAGGCUGCUGCUGAUGAAACCACUUGGCAGAGUGAUCCGCUGGCUGGUAUUAUUCCUCGUGCACUCAGCCAGAUCUUUGACGAGCUUCGUAUAUCGAACACAGAGUACACGGUCCGAGUGUCAUACUUAGAGCUGUACAAUGAGGAACUUUUUGACUUACUUUCAACAUCAGAAGACAACUCCAAGUUGAGGAUCUAUGAAGAUGUCACUAGGAAGGGUGCCAAUAUUGUGAAUGGCUUGGAGGAGAUAACUGUUUAUAACAAGAAUGAGGUUUACAAGAUCAUGGCUCAAGGACAGGAACGGAAGAGGGUAGCCUCCACUCUAAUGAAUGCUCAAUCUAGCCGCUCGCACACUGUGUUCACAAUAGUCAUCCAUAUGAAGGAAAACAGCCCAGAAGGCGAGGAGCUCGUUAAGAUCGGGAAGCUGAAUCUUGUUGAUUUGGCUGGUUCAGAAAACAUUAGCAAAGCGGGCUCAGAUAAUCCUGCGAAGAAGGAGAGGGCGAGGGAGUGUGUGAACAUCAACCAGUCGCUGUUGACUCUCGGCAGAGUUAUCACGGCCCUCGUGGAGAGGCAUCCUCAUAUACCAUAUAGAGAGUCAAAACUAACACGAAUCUUACAAGAAUCUCUCGGCGGCCGAACAAAGACGUCCAUCAUAGCGACCAUCUCGCCCGGCCACAAGGACCUCGAGGAGACUAUGAGCACCCUGGAAUACGCAAACCGAGCCAAGAACAUCCAGAACAAACCGGAAGUCAACCAGAAGAUGACUAAGAAGGCGAUCCUGAAAGACUACGCCGAAGAGAUAGAUAGGCUUAAGAGGGAUUUACACGCAGCUAGAGAAAAGAACGGUGUAUACUUAGCGAACGAGACGUUCGCGGAAAUGACGCUUAAACAAGAAGAACAACGCAAGGAAAUCCAAGAGUUGCUGCUGAAGAAGCGCGCGAUGGAGGAGGAACGUGAACGUAUGGAAUCCGUCUUCAAGGAGCUCAACUGCUCGCUGGAGGAGCACAAGCAGCAAUUGAAUUCAACAGUCAGCAAGUUGUGUUCAACGGAAAAUAUGCUCGCUAAUACUACUAAUAUGUUAAAAACUACAAAAAUGCACUAUGAAGAGCAGCGGUUCCUCGUCAGCAAGCAGAUGGAGACUGAGAAGGUGCUGUCGUCGCAAGCCAAACAGCUGCUGGAGGUGGCUGAUGCAGCUUCCACUGACGCUGCUAAGCUACUUGACUCUAUUGAUAAGAGAAAAACAGUGGAAUCAACUAAUCUAGAUAUAACGCGAACAUACCGCGAGAUAUCUGCGCAGCACAGGAACAAUUUAACGGGGGGGACGGAGAACUUCGUCGGGGCCCUCAUGCAGGCCCUCGCGGACGUUCAGACAACUAUGGAUUCUUACACACACGACAGCACUCAAAUGCAAAAUCUAAGUAAACAAAGACUUGACGAUUUGGUCCAACAAGCUAUGGAGACCAUGAAUAAGAUGACGACGUUGAGAAACGACACGCACAGCGAGAUAUCGCGCGGCGCGCAGGCGGCCCGCGCGCGGCUCCACGAGGCCGCGAGCGCGCGGGCCGCGCGCCUGCGCGCCGCGCUCGCCCGCCUCGCCGCCUGCGUGCUGGCGCGCCUGCGGGCGGCCGCCGGCCUCGACUUGACCUCCGAUAUGGCGAGCUUUCUCGACGACUGGGUGAGUCCACUGACGCGCAGCGUGCGGCGCGAGUCGGGCCGGCAGACUCGUGCCGACCGUUAUGCUAAUAAUAAUAUUCACACAUUUAAAAAAAAUGCUUACAUUGAUCGAUCUGAUCCGGUGUCGGCUCCGGGAUUUGGAUAUUUCCAACGAUCGCUGCAAUCGUCGGGCGUGUCGCUGCUGGGGCGGCUGCAGCAGUCGAGCGGGGCGCUGGCGACGGUCGCGCGGCAGUCUGCGCUGCGCCUGCGACAGUCGUGUGCGGCGCAGCGACAGUCGCGCGAGGGUCGAGCCGAGCGGCUGGGCGCGCACAUCCUGCAGCGAAUCGACUCAAUCACCGAAGAGAAAGAACGGACAGAAAGAUACUUAGCCGAGCAAGUGACGAGCAUAGAGAGAGAAAAGUCGGAAUACGAAUCGCGUCUUCAACAGUGGGCAGAAGAGGAAAGAAGGCUUCUAGAGGAACGCAUUGAACGUCACAUUACUGCUGAGAGAACCUUCUUAGAGGAGAAUAUGAAUCAGAAACUUAAAGAUAUAGAAAAUCAAAGGGCUAUGUUCGAACAAAGGACGGCCGAAAGUGUCGAUCAGCUUAACAGUAUGUUAAAAGUUAAUCAGGAAGUGGUGGCCCAAAUUGGAGAAGAUUUAUUAGAACAAGAGAAUGAGUUGGAGAAGUGUUUGAACGACUUAAAGGUCUUUGUAGAAGAUUAUGAAAAGGAUCAUGCAGUUAUGGUAUCAAAUGUCAAUAGUUUGAGUGACGGCGCUCUGAAGGUGGUAGAGACUAUAAAAACAGAUUUAAUACAAAAUCUGGAACAGACACAGUCACAUGUUGAGGAUGAAUCGAGAGGAUUGAUAGAACAGGAACAAGAAUCAGCUACCUGUCUCAUGAAUGAGUCUAAUUAUAUGAUCGAAUCUAUGGUGCAGACGUGUCAGCGAACUUUAGAUAACUUUGUUGGAGCAGUCAAUGUAACAACGACAUCCACAAAGGAGGAGCUCUCAUCGUUGUCAUCAAUUGCAUCAAAUAUCACCACCACCUGUCAGACUCAUCACGACGCCCAGACCCUGACCCUGGCCACCGUGCAACGGGAGGUGGAGCAGUUCUACGGCAGACUGCGAGAGGAGGUAUCCCGACUCGAGGAACUGGAAAGUCGGUGUCUCAAUCAGGAGUACGCUGUGUACUGUCCGACUGGCAGCACCCCGCAGCGCGCGCAGUACCGCUACCCGCGCGCGCUGGCCGCGUCGUCGCCGCCCGCGCGCGCGCUGGCCGCCUUCCGCGCCGCGCGCGCCGCCCGCCGCGACGACGACGACUGCAUCUUAGUGGAGAAUGAAAGUGAAGCCCGAAGCGACAGCGAAUCGUCCGCUUCCGAAGACUCCGCCGUGGUGUUCGCAGCUCCCUCCCCUCCUGACUCGGUCAACCACAAACCUUCCAUCAUGAAAUGUACCUCCGAAACAGAUAUUUAUUUAAGACAACGACAACAGGAUCAACAAGGCAAGGAGAACGUGAACCGCUCGAUGUCGUUCAAGAAGCCGUCGAAGCUGCCGGCGCCCACCGCGCACAAGACGCCGCUGCUCGAGCGGAACGCCCGCUGAUGAGCUUCCUGGAUUAUCCGUUGGGACCAGACCCACUCAUGACUCAGUCGACACGAGAUUACCUAACGAAAAUGUCAAAAAUAAAUCUAUUUACCCGUUGUAAAUCUUAAUUUUUACAUAAACUUUUUUAUUAUUUCUAUAAUAGAAAAUAUUAAAAUAACGCUACGAAUGGUUUAUAUUCUUAUAAAUCCAUUGCACUCGGUCAUAAAUUUAUGUGAAAAACUUCACUUCUCAUCAGUGAGGUGAAGUUAAGUCUGCAGAGCAAAGUAGCACACCUCUGUUCCCCAAAGCAAGCGAGCGGUUCGUCUAUAACUUAUAGAAUUAAAGUCAAUCGAAACAGAUUGUUUUAAGACGUGAAUACAUUUAUGUAGUAUUCAAUUAAAUAUUUAAAAUUAUAAUCGUUAAUAUUUCUUUUAACUUUCUACCUUAGAAGAACUACAACUUUGCAGUCUGGUGCUGAAAGGGUCCAAGUACAAAUUUGGUUAAAAUGUAAACCACAUACUGCCAUUAUCCAAAUCUUUAGAAUAUUUGUGAUAAAAUAGCGUUAGCAUAACAUACUAAUGUUAAUAAGAUCACGCAAAAAGGUAUAUGUUAAUAUAACAGUUGUUUGUGUUAUAUAUGUAUGUUGCAAAGCCAAUAUUGUUCAGUUGCGUUCGGUCCGCUGACCGUGUUAGACGUCUCAUAGGUGGCAUUAGAAAUUUAGUUUUAGUCAUUAGUAUGAAACGUACAAACUACACUACUAAUCUAGGAUGUAUCGUUUUAUUAAAUUCAAUAUAUAACUAUUAUUAUUUUAUUUAAGCAUUUUGUUUAAGGAAGUAAUCU